AACGCACAAAUGUCAAAGUCAAGUCAAAUCGCCCAAAAAAUUUGAGGUUACAAUUUCGCAAUAACUUAUUAACACACGAGAUGUUAUGUCGGAAAUUUAAACAGAUAUUGUUCACGAAAACCACAAACUGCCAUGUAUACCGCCCAGUUGUCCAGACACGGUCGUUUUCAAAAUGGUUCGACAUUUUUGGUACGAAAACGAACUCGACUUCGGCUAGUCGGCUGAAGUUGUUCAAAGAUUUGGUUUUGUCGAGGGUCUUGAAUAGUUGGUCGAAGAGUCACUUGGUCAGUACUGUAGUGAGGAGAUGUAGGAAGGAGAGGGCGAUGCGGGACGUAUUACAGUACUUCCAGCAAGUGUUCUUCAGGCCAAGAAGGACACAUCUUCUAGUAGCUGCAAGCGCAACUUACAAAAAGAAAAGCACAGAAGAGAAGCCAGGGCCCCCCAAGAAGUGCUCGAAGAACAUCAAGGACAAGGAAAUGAAGAAGCUGAUAACGGACCUGGAGUCAGUGAACGAAUUGUCACGAGCCACUCUGUACUGCGAAGGGUGUGCUAAGCGAGUUGUUAUAGACGCCAAGCAGAGCGGCGUGCGGUAUUGCUCAUGUCCAAACUCGAAGCCCCCGAAGGACUCGUACGACGGCUGGGUGCCUUACAUGGAGGCGAAAGACGUGAUCAUAUGGCGGAAGGAGUACAAACCAGGGGGGCUCUACGCUUAUAAAGUAUACGGUCGCUACCAGCACAUACGGGCGGAGGACUUUGCUAUGAUACAAGUGGACAACGCGUAUCGCAAGGUGUGGGACAGCGCUGUGGCCUCACUAUCCGUGGUGGAGCGCGAAGCCAACGGCGUCCAAGACCAGUUCGUGCUGCACUGGGAGGUGCUCUGGCCGCGCCUGUUCGCAAACCGCGACUACGUCUAUCUGCGGCGGCACAAGGAGUUCAACGUGCAGACCCGUUGCCUGGCGUACAAAGCGGGCAUAUUCGAAGGGGACAAGGCGUGCGAGGCGAGCACCCCGAGCCCCUUCGAGAGGACCAGUGUGCAUGCCAACGCCAAACGGGUCUCCAUGGAGAAAGACAGCAUGAUGAAGGAGGAAACCAACGCAAUUACAGAUAACAAGGUGUACGUAAUAGUGUCCAGGUCUUGUGUGCACCCCAGCGUGCCGGAGAGCAAGAACGCCAUCAGGGUCAUGGAGUACUGGAGCCACAUGGUCAUCACAACCCUGAAUGGACCAGAAAAGGCAGGCAUGGAGUUCGUGCUGACGUACUAUGACGAACCAGCAGUGGGCGGGCUGCCCACGGCGGUGACCACGUGGGCGAUGGGCCGCGCCGGCCCGGCCUUCCUAGAGCGCAUGCGCGCCGCCGCCACCGACUACCGCAGCUGGAGGGACCGCGAGCAACAGGAUAACACAGACUUCACACCUUUCGGCCCUGAGAAGGUGAUCUACGAUUCCAGUGAACCGGAGAUCAAUGAACAGGAUAUGGAGUCAUCGAAAGAAGGUCCCGACAUGGAGGACGACAAACGCGAGCUACCAACACACGCGAGACCCAUAGUACCGCUUGUUGAUACGAAGCCGAAGGAAGCGAGCGAAGCCAGGGAAGCGAGCGAAGCGAAGGAAGUCAUGGAAGCGAGCGAAGCAAAGGAAAUUAAAGAGCCCGCACAGAAACAAUUAGGAGAUACUAAAAUGCAACCACCAGCACCGUCGGAAGAGAAAGCGAAAGCAGACGCCAUAGAAAUCAACACGGAGAACCUCGAACUGUGUGAAGUUAGCAACAAAUUGGAGCAAGAAGAGAAAGAGACGGAAGACAGCCCCGAGGAGUCACAAGAGGAGAGCAGAAGGUGGUGGCGGUAUCUCUAUCCGUUCUAUUAUUUUAUAUGAGAGUAGAUUGGCGGCGCCUGAGAGUAGAUUGGCGGCCCCUGAGUGUAGAUUGGCGGCCCCUGAGUGUAGAUUGGCGGCCCCUGAGUGUAGAUUGGCGGCCCCUGAGUGUAGAUUGGCGGCCCCUGAUAGUAGAUACGUAGUCCAGAGUAGUGUUGUGACGUCACUUAGAGAUUCCAUUGGCUAAGCAAACUGGAUUGAUAUAACGUAACACAAACUCACGUUGUCACAAUUGGGGUAGUCAGAGGUACACCCAUCGCAAGAUGAACUAGGUACACACCUCACGGAACUUUCUGUUAGACCAACGUGAUAAGUGAGCCGUAUCGCCGUAUGUAAUUGAUUUGAUGAAUGACUGCGCCACUAAUUGCGCACAAAAAUACAAAACAGGUAUAAGGAUAAACUUAUAGUGCGCAUAGGCACUACACGUUGGCGUUAUCGUACAAGCGCAUCUGUGUGUGUGACGUCUGACGCCAUACGAUUGAAGACUAAAGUAAGCCUGGAGGUAAACCUAGCUCAGCCGCUGGUGGGAGCCGAGAGUUGCCGUUCUAUACAUAGUAUUAUUCCUUCUUCUUGUCGUUUCGAUGGCAUUAGAUUUUUUCAGCCCAGUAUUCCGCCACUCGAACAGCAUCCUCGGUAGCACUCAUCAGCCCCUCUCGCGUGCAGGUAUCAGGGCACGCGGGGCAAGUUAUCAGAUGAGCCAUAGUCUGUGGCGUAACACCACACACGCAGCUCAGAUCCGACCCGACGAGAAAACCCCACCUGGACAGGUUAUCUUUACUUCGGCCAACCUGUGUGCGGAGUCUAUUUAAAGAUUUCCAGGUCGGCCUGGUCAGCUCAUAACCCGGUGGAAGGUUAUUAUUCCUAAUUCUAUGAGAUAAUGCUGCACAUUACAAAUACAUUUUAUUGCACGAAAAAAAAAAAGAAGUAAUUACAUAAGACUCUUAACUAGGUACAGUCAUGAGCAAUAUAAUGGACCCACUUUAGGACUCUGUCGCACUAAGAAAUUGGACAUUUAGUGAGACUUACAGUUCAAUUUGUCAAAAAAGUUAAUGUGACAUGGUACCAAAGUGUAUACAAAUAUUAAUGCUCGUGACCGUACAUGGCAAAUGGUGGCUAUAUCGCUUAUCCUUUGACGCGUAGUGGAGACAUAAAAAUGUAUGGAAAGGACCAGAUUUGUAUGCAAGCCAAUGUAAUCUCCGAGUUGCGCAUUUUAUAGUUUUUAUUGUCUGAGAAGCAAAUGUAGGUGGCAGCACUGUUGAGUGUUCCUAAAUUUUGUUCUCCAUACUGGUGCUAAUUCCUGUAAACACCAUCUAAUUUUGUUUUAAGUUAUAUCUGUCAUUUUCUUAUCCGCCGAAAAGAAAAGGGACGGGUAAUCGACAAGCAUAAAAUUUAUGGAACACACGUCAAUUUUAAGCACAAAUCUAAAACAACCAUCUAAAAAUUUUACAUUGGCCAAUAACCCGACUGAAUUUAGUUGACAGCACACGUCAAACGGUUUGCAUACCAGCGAGAUACCUUUUUGAUUCGCCCGGGUUAUUAUUCAUUUACUCAUUCUUCUGCUGACAAUCGACGGAUUGACACCUCUUAAUUUUACUUUAAGUUAUACCUCUCAUUUUCUUAUCCGCCGAAAAGGAAAGGGACGGAUGAUUGACAGAUCUUAAUUUUAGGAAGAAUGAGUAAAUGAAUGAAUAACCCGGACGAAUCAAAAAGGUAUCUCGCUGGUAUGCAAACCGUUUGACGUGUGCUGUCAACUUUAUUCUGUCGGGUUAUUGGCCAAUGUAAAAUUUUUAGACGGUUGUUUUAGAUUUGUGCUUAAAAUUGACGUGUGUUCCAUAAAUUUUAUGCUUGUCGAUUAUCCGUCCCUUUCUUUUUCUGCGGAUAAGAAAAUGACAGAUAUAACUUAAAAUAAAAUUAGAUGGCGUCUGCAGGAAUUAGCACCACUGCCCAGAUGAAAUUCGUGAUAAAAUUUGUAGCAACGUGGAGUAUAUCCCGUCUGAAGGAUGAGUCACGAAAAAGGCAGUUUUGGAUGUAAAUAAGUUUUUCCAAGUUUUCUUCUUUUUAGGGAAUAAAUAUAACACUAAAGUUUUGCAGUAAACGCCGCGCAAAGGGUUAUAGUGUAAAAAUAAAACCAAAAACAGUUAUGUUUGUUUACUCAAAUAGUAUGGAGAACUGUCAAAAUUUAAGAACACUCAACAGUAGCGACACCUGCUGGGAGAAGUAGGUAGUUUUUGUCCUUAUUAACACCAGUAUAGAAGUAAACACAGCGCUGUGAACAGUCAUUUAGUGUAUAGAAAGUUGUUCAAUUAUCAAUUAAUUAAUGUAAUAAUAGGCUACUUAGUGGCUGUUAGAUAAUAAACAGGGUGCAAGUGACAUCGUAACGAAAACUCUGAGGGAUGAUUCAGGCCAUGAUUCUGAGUUGAUAUCAAGUGUAUGGAACUGAAAAUAAUUAAAAAAUAAACAAAUCAGAAAUCAUUUAUUCGCUUAGGAUAGGUAGGUACAGAGUCACAAUAUGGUAUAAAGCAGUGUUAAAGCAUCCCUAUCCUGCUAAUUAUUAUUAGCAUGCAAAUGUCAAAAAUUCAAACAUUCUCUAAUACUAUAAAAACUAUUAGUAAUAAGCCAUUCGCAUAAUUUUAAAGUCAUAACUUUAGUGGGUCCGUUUUUAAAAUCAGGUAUCUUAUUGUAUACUUUUAUGCACAUGUUAUGAGGACUUUCUAAACAAAGUGUAGUUUUUAAAUAAUCAUGAAUUUUGCGACGACAAAUUCCACUUGAUAUAAACUCAGAAUCAUGGUCUGAAUUGUCCCCCUCAGUAUUCGUUACGGUGUCACUAACACCCACAUGUAGUUGUUUGUACUUGUUAGGGGUGUAAGUGACAAAGGGAUGAUUCAGCUCCUUAUUCUGAGUUAAUAUCAAGUGGAAUUUUCCGUCGCAAAAGUAUAGAAUUGAAAAUAAUUUAAAAAAUCAUGAAUUUUGCGACGAAAAAUUCCGCUUGAUAUUAACUCAGAAUCAUGGUCUGAAUCAUCCCCCUGAGUAUUCGUUACGGUGUCUCUAACACCCUGUAUAAUAUAUUUCUCGGGGAAUACGGAGUAAAAUUAUUCAACAGUAAAACUAAUAGGAUAUUUCAGCCGGCCUCUGUGGUCCAGUGGUUGAGCGUUGCACUCACGAUCCGGAGGUCCUGGGUUCAAAUCCCGCUGAGGACGUAUCACAAAAUCACUUUGUGAUCCCUAGUUUGUUUAGGACAUUACAGGCUGAUCACCUAAUAGUCCGAAAGUAAGACGAUCCGUGCUUCGGAAGGCACGUUAAGCCGUUGGUCCCGGUUACUAUUUACGGAUGUAAGUGAGUAAUCGUUGCAUGAGCCAUGUCAGGGGCCUUUGGCGGCUCAAUUAUAAAACUGACACCAGGGUUGAUGAGGCUGGUAUUCCACCUCACAACCCACACGUUAAGAAGAAGAAGAAUAGGGUAUUUGACUGGGUCAAAGAUAAAUUACCUAUAAAAUGAUAAUCCAUACUAAUAUUAUAAAUGGGAAAAUGUAUGUGUGUAUGUUUGUUCGUCUUUCACGGCAAAACGCAGCGAGGAAUUGACGUGAUUUUUCAAGUGAAGAUAGUUGAAGGGAUGGACAGUGACAUAGGCUAUAUUUUGUCUCUUUCUAACCCCCCGCUUCCCUUAAAUGGGGGGGGGGGGUAAAGUUUGUAUGGAGCAUUCAGCAAUUUACAAGGUAGAUAGUUCAAAAUUGGUAAGCGGAUUAUUUGCAACUCAAAUCUGCCCCCAUACCCUUGAGGGGGGUGAAAUUUUAUAUACGACUUUUCGCAUUUUUCAAGGUAGGAAGCUAUAUUUUGGUACAUAAGGAAAAGGGAACCGUGUUAAAUCGAAUUUAACGCGAGCGAAGCCGCGGGCAAAAGCUAGUGUAGAACUAAUCUCAGCUUCGACACUGCCCUCAAGAUCAUGUCAAUGUGACAGUUCUUAUAUAAAAACAGGGACUUGAGAAUGAUCUUGAGGGCAGUCUCAGCUGAGAUUCAUUUAUUAAUACCACCCUAAGAUGAUCAAAAACCAAUCUUAUUUUACUUUUCGACUUAUUUUAGAAUGUUAUGAGUUAAGUAACAAUGAGUACGACGUUUGACCGCUUCUAUUAAUGACGUCACAGGACAGUAUUUCCAUACAAACUCCAAAGAUAACUUUCGUUUUGACGUUUCGUAAAAUGUAUCUCAUUUGACUAGGUUGUCAAGAAGCCUAUUCGGGGUAUUAGUGACACCGAAUACUGAGGGGGAUGAUUCAACUCAUGAAUCUGAGUUAAUAUCAAGUGGAAUUUACCUCUUUGAAAAUGUUGCUGAUUUUUUUGAAUUAUUUUCAGUUCCAUACUUUUGAAAGAAAGAAACGUUUAUUAUAAAGGGACACCACAGUAACAAAUAUAAAACAAAUAACAAAUAUAUAAUAUAAAACACGGAGUAACACGUAACUUACAAUCAAACACAUAAUGUUUGUGAAAUACGAUGUCCGUGCGUCACCCAACAGGGUCCACAUAAUAUCAGCGUCGUGGUUCACGCCGCGACUUGUGCUGAGUGAGGCACUUUUAUCUCAGGACGUCCACCACCACCUUAUGGUCAUUUCGACUAACAUCCGUCUUGCUUUUUUGUAAUUGUUUUAGGGGAAAUUUGAUAUGAUGUUGUUGUCUUUUUUUGUGUGUGGCGUCCUUUUAUAAAACUAAACAAUAAACAUACAACAUACACGAGAACGAACGAACGUACUUUUCCUACGGUAAACAAAAUUGAGCCAGAAAUACAUAAACAUAUAUAUAUACCUAUAUUAAUAAGUAUAACUACUUAUUAACAUCAAACAAAAUUAUUCAAAAAAAUAAUCUAAAUUUUAAUAACUAUAAAACAGCAAUAAAACAAGGCUUAUAGGUAGAAAGUCUAUUUAUUUAUAUUGGCAACACUUGAGAGCAGCGAGUAGGGACAUUUGGCCCAAAGGACCCGAUUCCAGGCCAUAGCCCUUAUUUAAAAAAAAGUAGGGACAUUUUGAGUGUGACUAUUUUAUUUAAUAAAUAAUUUUACUCCGUUUAACCCGAUGUGUUAUUUCUAAUCUACAAUUGUAGAUUCCUAGAGAGGUAUUACAUCUAUCCACCAAUAUUUCGUCAAUCACGUCUUUUAUUCAAACUAAAAUCCACCUUAUUAUUACUGCACUGUGAUCGUUAUUUGUAGGUUCGUAUGCAGAUCUUGGUUUUACCGUGAUAUUUUCACCCAUAGACAAUAUUAUUGCCGACCAAGUUUACAAAAAUCGACCUUAUUAUUACUGCUCUGCGAUUGUUAUUUGUAAAGAGUUUUCUAAACUUCGUCGUCAAUAAUUUUGUCUAUGGGUGAAAAUACGGUAAAGCCAAGAUCAGCAUACGACCCUACAAAUAACGAUCACAGUGCAUUGAUAAUAAGGUCGAUUUUUGUUUAAAUAAAAAGUCAUGACUGACGAAUGUUGGAUAGAUGUAAUAUAUUUUAAGUAUAUAUUUUAAAUAUAUUUUAAGGUCAAAAUAAGUGUUGAAAAUAUUACCUCAGUAGACAAAAAACUAAAUUUAAAAAAGCACAAAAUAUAGGCUCGAUUUAAAAAAUAACAUAAGUUCAAGACUAGCAACUAUAUCCCAAUGAGGGACUUUCCAAUCGACGUUCCCCAAACACACGAUAGAUGGCGUUGUUCACUUUUAACGUGAUAAUUACCUAUUUUCUCAUUGCUUUGCAUUGCAUUUUUUUUGCGAUUGAUGAAUGUGGAGGAAGCAAGAGAAGUGUGUCAGGAUCGAAGCAAAUGGAAUUUUAUAGCCCGGAGGGAAAUAGGCAUGAGUUUAUGUAUGUAUAUUAUGUUCUCAGUGCUCGGUUAAAUAAUUAUCCAAACAUGUAAUCUAAUGGCAGAAGCAUAUAUAAAACUAAUUGUUUCUUGAUAUUUGGAUCACAUUGUGUAUAGAAUGAUGCUGCUACCUAUAUUGCUUCUCUUUAUUUUGUUCGGAAUAAUAAUGGGUGGAAGUUGUAAUUGUACCUUGGUGUAAUAAAAAGGGUCAUCAUUUACCAAAAAACAAAGAUAAAAGAUGCAUUAUAUCUGUUAUCCAUGAAAUUAGAACUUUAAACGAAGAAAAACUUAACAACGCCAUCUAUCGUGUUUUUAGGGAACGCCGAUUGGAAAGUCCCUAUUUGGCUACUUGACAGUUGUAACAAUAAAAUAUGAAAUAUGUCGGAUAUUGUAGUUUAUCAUUUACCGAUAAUUAUCGAUUAGUCGGUUUUUUUAUUUAGAACAUUUUUGAUUAUUUUAUUUUUACAAAUUAAGAAUGCGUUUUUUUACCUGUAUUUUACAAAACCCGAAACACGGGCGGCCAUGAUUGAACUUCGUGUGACGUCACAUUUCACAUAUUUUUUUUUAUUUGCCCAUUCGGGCAGGCAAAGGGAACUUAGCCCAUACAGCCUAGUCUUUGGUCAUCUUAAUCUUUUUUGGAGAAGCACCCAGAAAAUGUCUUGAGUCUUCAAUCUUCAGGUAAUGUCCUUAGUUUUCAAUUUUACAGCUUCAUUUAUAAUAAUAAUAAUUCUUUAUUAAAGGCAAAAACAAAACCCAUUACAAUAUAAAAUAUAAAAUUAUAGAAUAUAAAAAUCCAAUUAUACAAAAUAAAAUAUAAAACAGUUAAAGUGUAAAACAUGAAAUUUUAAAAUAAUAAUAUGAUAAAAAUAAUCCGUUAAAUAAUGUCUUUAGUGGUAUCAUUUUGCUUUUGUCAUUUUUGAGUAGUGUUUUCACAUAAUAAACAAAAACUAUCUGUCAGGUUUCAAGUGAUACUGUUUGACAGUUUCUUUGUUUGUUGAACUGUGACGUCACUGGGCAAAAUGUCACGUGAUCAACCGUUUACGCGCGAAAUUUAAACUAAUUGAAGAAAAAUGAGUUUUAUUUUCUAAUAUUAUAAAGCUUUUUCGGGAAAAUAAAAUGUUUUAAGAGGUAUAUAAUAAGCAAUUGCAAUUUUUAAAAUUCUUAUCCGAAAACUGUCAAGUGGCCAAUUUAGGUGAGGAGGUACAUCCAUCGCAAGAUGAUCUAUGUACAGUCAUGAACAAUAACAUGUACCCACUUUAGAACCCUGUCGCAUAAUGAUAUUUGACAUUUACUGAGACUUACGGCUUCAUUUGUCGAAAAAGUUAAUGUGACAUGGUAUCAAAUUGUAUACAUAUUAGUACUCGUGACCGCACCCACGCCUCAAGGUUUAAUAUAAGUCGUUAUUUAUUACCGUAAGAGUCGACUUGGCGAACAAAUUUUAUUAAAUUUUAGUUUGACAUAGUCAUACACACACUUACAUAAUAUAAACUCACGCCCAAACGGGUGGGCAUAGCGCUAAAUAUUGACUGUUUUUAAAGCUGACAAACGAAUAAAAAAUAAAAUAAAGUAAAAAAAAACGAAUAUAAAAAUAUUCAAAUAUAAUUUAUUUAUAAAAUAUUUUACACAUAAUAUAGAAUUAAUAUUAUUAAAAUAAACAAAACAAAUAAAUACCCAAAAAUAAUGUAAUAUAGUAAAAAGCAAUUAAAAAAUAAUUUUAAGAAAGAUUUUUUAUCGUGAGGAAACCCACAUUCCCGAUGCAUUUUCGGAGGUAUGUGACCUAAGCUGUAUUGGGCUGGUUUUCCCUUCGCGGGUUGGAAGACAGGCAGUCGCUUCUGUCAAAAGUCUGCUCACCCCGGAGGGAAAUAGGCGUGAGUUUAUGUAUUUGUGUAUGUAUGUAAAGUUUUGUCCGCAAAGUUAACCAUCGUCUAUAAGCCAAAGAUAUAAAGUGGAGGUACUUGAAAUUGUAUAAAAGUUAUAAAAUGUAAAUUAAAAAUAAUUACAAAGUAAGAUUUUAUCAGUUCUAUUUAAAAAUAUAUACCUACUGUUAAAAAAACAUAAUUUGUAAAAUAAAAUAAAAAUGUCGUGAAAAUUAAAUUAAAGGUUGUAUAUAAAUGUUAAGAUUAGGGUUAAUGUUACUAUAUUAUUACUAUAAUAUUAUGUUUUUAAGAAUUUUAUUGGAAUCACCCUAAGACCAUAUACAGGUUGUAAGUGACAUCGUAACGAACACUGAGGGGGAUGAUUCGGAUAUGUUUUUGAGUUAAUAUCACGUGGAAUUUUCCGUCGCAAAACACAUGAAAAUGUUAGUGUUUUUUUUUUACGUGUACGACGGAAAAUUACGCUUGAUAUUAAUUCAGAAUCAUGAGGUGACUCAUUCCCUGAGUGUUCGGUGCGGUGUCAUUAACACCCUGUAUAUGAUCUGAGAAUAUGCCUACACAAUAGUUUCGUACAAAACAACGAUAGUAACACAUAACCGGUUUUGAUAUUUAGCGCCCCGAUUCCCGCAGACACCUCCUAAAUUUAUUUUAAGUUAUACCUGUCAUUUUCUUAUCCACAAAAUAAACAUGUAACACAGGAAUAUAUCUACAUAUAAAUCAAACAAACGUACAAAAGGCGGCCUUAUUGCUAGGAUAGCAAUUUCUUCCAGACAACCUUUAGGUGAUGUGAUAUGAUUAAUUAAUUUAAUACACCAAGCGGAUUUAAUUGUCAACUUUUGACAGUUUUUCUUAUUUUUUUUUUGAUCUUCGGCUGCACGCACAGUAUGAAUUGCACAAAUUGUAUUUUUUUUUACUUUUCUUUUUCGCACGUUUUGGCAAGCGGUGACGAAAAUGGACGGGGGCAGAUGUGUCUAGCAUGUAUAUUAUACCCACUCCUCGCCAGCUAUGUUAAGUCCCAUGUAAUAGGGGGCAAGCCUAUUGCCAUCCGAGCACAAAUCGUGGAAACCACGUGACAUCAAUUAUCUGCGAUCCAAACAUGAAAUCAAACUCAUAAAGUCGAAUUUAGUGGUUAAGAAACCAUGCCGGGAUUCCAAUCCAACCCGUGACACUAACUGACACUCCGAACAAAGCUCAAAUUCAUAUUCAAACCAUUUAUUGGGACUAGUGAUGUGCCGGAUCGUUAAAAAUGUAUAUCCGCGGAUACGGAUCUGAAUACGGAUAUUUAGUGUAAAGAUCCGCGGAUACGGAUACGAAUACGGAUCUUUAUUUUCUUAAAAAAAAAAUUCAAGUUUUAGUUAUUUCAUUGUUAUAAAAGUGAUAUUUUAUCUUGCUUUCAUUAUAAAGAUCUAUCUAUCUAAAUUUUUGCUAUAUUAAAGUGCCAAAUAUUUGAUUUUAAGAAAUAAAAACAAUCUGAGUGGAAUUAUAUAGCUUUUUAUUUAAUAAUUCUACUUAAUCACCUGAAAAAGAUCCGUAAAAGAUCCGCGUGAAAAGUAACGGAUACGGAUACGAAUUUUUCUUUUAUCUCGGAUAUCCGCGGAUACGGAUACGGAUAUUCGGAACAUCACUAAUUGGGACACACAGCUACAUUGGAUAGAUGUUACAAAGAUAAAGAUAAGACCGCUGUGAUCUGCCGGUAUGCAUACAAUAAAAUUCGGUGAGCCAAGAAGUUACUUACAGUGUUUAAUAAUUUUAAUUUGUUUCACAUGCUAGAAACAGUAAAAUGUAGUAUACGAACAGAAGCUAUCACGGUUAUUUAUAUUAUUAUUUUAUUAUUCUUUGACAACAGAAUACUUGUCUUUGACAAGACGACAAGCUGCAAGAAAAUCCUCGGCACAGGGCCCUAGACGUUCUUCUUUUUUUUAAAAACGAAAUAUUAUACAAUAGGGUAUUUAACUGGGUCAAAGAUAAAUUAUAAAAUGCUAAUCUAGAAAUAGAAUCCAGCCUAAUAUGAUCAAAAAUCAAUCUAAUUUUACUUUUCGACUUAUUUUCGAAUUUUAUUUAUGAAUUAAAGUAACAAUGAGUACGACGUUUGACCGCUUUUAUUGAUGACGUCACAGGACAGUAUUUCCAUACAAACUCCAAAGAAAACUUUCGUUUUGACGUUUCGUAAAAUGUAUCUCAUUUGACUCGGUUGUCAAGUAGCGUAUUCAGUAAUUUGGCUGCCUAUUUGUAGAUUUUAUGAAGUAUAACAUAACUGAUACGGUUUUAUUUCUUCUUCGUAGUGCUGAUGAUGAAGAAGAAUAUGAUUCGGAAGAAAGAGCGUGCUUUAAAGGCGAAACCUGUUUGUAUAGCUAGUCGCUUUCAAUAAAUUGAGGUGGUGAUACGGAAUACUAAGUCAAUGCAAAUAGACUUAAGACAAGGAUUUUUAAAUUGUUGAGAAUAUAAAUACAGAGUGUUAGUGACAUCGUAACCAAAACUUUGAGGGAUGUUUCAGACCAUGAUUCUGAGUUGAUAUCAAGUGGAAUAUAAAAAUAAACACUCAAAUUGUCAUGAAUUUUCCGGCAGGAUAUUCCAUUUGAUAAUCAACUCAGAAUCAUGGUCUGAGUCAUCCCCCUCAGUAUUCGUCACGGUGUCACUAACACCCAUGCCUGGGUACCGUAUGUACUUGUACGGAGUGUAAGUGACAUGGAAUACUGAGGGGGAUGAUUCAGCUGAUUAUUCUGAGUUCAUAUCAAGUGUAAUUUUCUAUCGCAAAAGUAUAGAACUAAAAAUGGUUUGAAAAGAAUAAAAAAAAAAUCAUGAAGUUUGCGACGGAAGAUUCCACUUGAUAUCAACUCAGAAUCAUCCCCCUGAGUAUACGUUACGAUGUCACUAACACCCUGUAUUCGGAUCAGUGGCGGCCCUAGCAAUAUACGCCAGUAUGGUAGUCGCAACUGAUUCGAAACGUACUCAUUGCGUUGCUUUCCAAUUGCUACUGCAAUUAGGGCUUCUCUAUGUUUACCAUCAGGCAUAGUUGAGCCAACAUACUUGGCCUUUAUAAAAAAGGGUGGUCCCGUCUUGGCUGAUUAUCCCCCCACCCCCUGAAACGGCACAUGGUGCGGUCGCACCGGUCGCACCACAGGGCCGCUACUGAAUUUGGAUGUAGAUAUCCUAGCAGCACCAUAUGAUGGCCAGUCAUAUGCCGUUCCCGGCAAUAUUCCCAUUUUGGUAACGUCCCCGGCAGUAAAAACGAAAAGAAACUUUUCAGUGUAACUUAAAUUUAUUUUUGCGUAACAACAGUAGCAUUUCAAUAUGUAUUUACUUUUUUUGUAUACCUUUUAUUUUACAACCUACUUAAUAUAAGCAGUAGACUAUUUGACCAUACACCAGAAAUAUACAGGGUGUUAGUGACAUCGUAACGAAAACUUUGAGGGAUGAUUCAGACCAUGAUUCAUGAGUAGUCAAGAUAAAUGUUCCGUUGCAAAAGUAUAGAACUGAAAUUAAUAAAAAAGAAACUAAACUAUUUAUGAAUUUUCCGACAAGAAAUUAACGUAACGAAUACUGAGAGGGAUGAUUCAGAUUCAGCUCAUUAUUUUGAGUUAAUAUCAAGUGGUAUCAAGUGGAAGUAUCAUCGAAAAAGUAUAGACUUGAAAAUAAUUAAAAAAAAACUGAUAAAAUAAUGAAAUUUUCGACGGAAAAUUCCACUUUAUAUUAACUCAGAAUCAUGGUCUGAAUCAUCCCCCUCAGUAUUCGUUACAAUGUCACUAACACCCUGUAUAUUUGACAGUGAGUUAUUGAGUACAAGUAUGCUAUUUUUACGUCCACACAAAAUUUUAUUACACAUUUUAAAGUAAUGGAAUUAAAACCUUAGUUUUAUUUUUAAAUAAUGACACAAAUGCACAAUUGUAUGGUAUUUUUUAAGCAAUAUACUAAUUUUAUAUAUAAUUUAGUGUCUAGUAACUAUAUACAUAAUGGUUCCGAUUUUCUCAGACACAUGCUAUAUACUAAUUUGUCAAUUUUAAAACUCUAUGGCCCCCUCAUCAACCUUAGUGUCGGGGUUACUAUUAAGCCGCCAAAGGCCCCUGACGUAGCUCAUUUAAUUGCCAUGGUAUAAGAAGACCAGCCAUGCCCAAAAGUGACAGCUAACAUUUCAAGGUUAGCCCAGCUGACGUCAUCCUGCCCUGUAUUGCCAUUUUGUAAUAAAUAAAUUACCCACGACCAAUGUUUUUAUAUUUACUUUGCAAGGAAAUUUUGGACUUUUAGUAAAAGAUUUACUUGCUUUAACGUUCAUCAUAUCCAUCUUAGGACUUCGUAUCAACAGUGGCUGCAAGUUGUCUUUGAUUACUUGUGGCUCUGCCCACCCCAUUUGGGAUUACGGGCGUGAGUUUAUGUAUGUAUGUAUGUAUUUACUUGCAGUUUUAAUGUUUUUUUUUAUAUAUGUGACAAGUAAUAGUAAUUAAAUACAUUAGUCAGUGAUUCACUUAAUUUUCCAUAAUAAAAUUUACGUCUUUGGAAUGUUGAGAUAUCAAUUUAAUGGUAACUCUUACGUCAUCAAAGGGCCAGCAAUGGCGGCUUGUCAUAGGAUUGAGCAUACCUGGUUUUUAUAUACCAUGGUAACUAAUAAAUACUUAUUUGCUGUCAAACGAUUUUAAGUUAUUUUUGGCCAGAAUACGCAUCAAUGUGGAUAUUCACAGGCCUGAAAUACUAAGUACAACAACUGUUUUAAAAAAAAAAACUUUUGAAGUAUAUAACAUAAACUUUCGAAAUAAAACUGACUCGAAAUGUUACAAAUGUAUAGUUUAAUAGGUAUAAAGAAAAUUAUAAAAAUUAUCUAUAAAACGUUUUUUUAAUUUCGAAAUCUCUAACUUCUACAGUUAAAAAAAAGUGUAGUCUUUAGUUUUGCUCUAGUAACUGCAAAAUGUCGCCCAAAUGCAGUUUCUAUGCAGCUUGUAUAUUCUGAGCAGUGAAAAGUAAAUUACUGGACACUAUUUUAACACUUCAAAUGCAAAUAUAAGUUGAUUUAGAAGGUCGUAUCUUUCAAAAGAACGUUAAAA